AUGACGACUCCCUCAACAGUCCACAGCCCGUAUCCUCGCGUCUAUCUCGUUCGGCACGGAACCACGGAAUGGAGUCAGAACGGACGCCAUACCGGCUUGACCGACGUCCCGCUCUUGCCCAGUGGAGUCGAGCAAGCCAAACUACUUUCUUCACGGAUAUUCGAGAACCGGUAUCAGGAUAUGGUCCACAUCGACAACAUCUCCCUGGUCCUGGUCUCUCCCCUCCAACGCGCUCAACAGACCUAUGAACAACUCCGCUUGGGCGGGCUCGCCAAAGAACGACGCCACGAGGAGGAAACCCACCACGGCCAUCCGACUUCGUGCUUUUUGAGGACCCAGGCCCGAACGACGUCGUUGUUGACGGAGUGGGAUUAUGGCGAUUACGAGGGUAUGACGACAAAGGAGAUCUUGAAGACCCGACCGGACUGGUCACUCUUUGGAGACAAUGUGCCGAAUGGGGAGACGGUUGAGCAGGUCGCCGCGAGGGCGGAUGCCAUCAUUGAGUUGAUUCAUAAUUAUCAGCGCGGCCAGGAUUCGCAGGGCAGGGAGACGAGGGUGUUGAAGAUGCCGUUUACGGGACAGGAGUUGAACACACAGAAGGAUCUGCAGGAGAAUAUCGCGCGUAAAGAAGAGGAGGAGGAGAAGGGAGAACUGUCAAAGAGCAGCAGGACGGUUGUGAGGAUUCCGGAGAACGCGGGAUUGAGGGAUGUGUUAGUAGUCGCACAUGGACAUUUCUUGAGGGUGUUUGCGGCGAGAUGGUUGAGGAUGGAUGGGAUCCAGGGCAAGAACUUGGUCUUGGAUACAGCAAGUGUUUCGGUGCUGGGAUAUGAGCAUACGUUGGAGGAGAGGGUCAUCAAGGUCUGGAAUCAGGGCAAUCAUCUCUGGAAGGACAACACUCGCAUUGGAUAA